AUGGAACCCCCUUCGCCCUUUGAUCCCGUGAGAGUCAUGAAUCACCUGCAGACAAUGUGGUCAACCGCGGUUCCUCUUGUUGGCCACUCACUCGCGAUAGGUAUCGGCGGCUGCAUUCGACUGCAUUGGACUGCCACUGCUAUCACUACUGCUACCUACUGUUCUUGCUCUCGCCAUGGACGACGGUAG